CGCGCGAGUCACAGAAAUGCGCGUGACGUCACCGCUCUACCUGAGUUUCGGCUGAAGGUGAAACUCCCGAGCACAGAUUCAAACAAACACACAUGAAACGCGUUUCACACACUUUCACACGGACACACGGCGAGUGUGUGUCCACAUUAUCCGGUUUAUGACCCAUACUCUCGGACUUUAACCACGUUUAUUCAUAAACCGGCUCGUUUUGGCGGCAAAGGCCUCAGGAUUGGCGUUUUUUUCCCCUGUUUUGACGCUUCCUGAAACCCUCAGCCGCUCGUCAUGUCGUCUCACCCGCGCCGGGUCCGGCUCAAGCCCUGGCUGGUGUCUCAGGUGGAGAACGGGACGUUUCCAGGUCUGGUGUGGCUCGACCGCGAGGCCAAACGCUUCCAGAUCCCGUGGAAACACGCCACGCGUCACACACCCCAACAGGAGGAGGAAAACACCAUCUUUAAGGCCUGGGCCGUGGAGACGGGGAAGUAUCAGGAAGGCGUGGACGAGCCGGAUCCGGCUAAAUGGAAAGCUCAGCUGAGAUGCGCUCUGAACAAGAGCCGCGAGUUCAACCUCAUCUACGACGGCACCAAAGAGGUUCCCAUGAACCCAUUGAAGAUCUACGACGUGUGUGAUAUUCCACAGACCAUCAGUAACCCAGGUUCAGUGACCACGUAUGAGACCGACGGCGAUGAAGACGACGUCCCCGACACGCCUGAACCUCCUCCUCCAUAUCCUCCUCACGGCGUGAGUCCGGUCUGGACUCCUCCCGGGUCCGUGUCCCCGAUGGCGCCGGCCAGCUGCCCUCCCCCCCCUCCCCCCGCCGAGGUGUGGCCGAAGAAGGAGCCGCUGGACGUGGAGAUGCAGCCGGAGAUCCCGACGCCCUCGGCCUUCGACGGCAUGUUCGCCACCCCGGAGACCUGGAUCAGCUCUCUGCCCAUGACGGAUCUGGAGGUGCAGUUUUAUUACCGCGGUAAGGAGGUGUGUCCGCCGGUGAUCGUGAGCAACCCUCAGGGCUGCCGGCUCUUCUACGGGGACCUGGGGCCGAUCGUGAACCAGGAGGAGCUGUUCGGGCCGGUGAGCCUGGAGCAGGUGCGCUUCCCCCCCACCGAGCACAUCACCAACGACAAGCAGCGCGUCUUCACCAGCCGGCUGCUGGACGUGAUGGACCGCGGCCUCAUCCUGGAGGUCAACGGACACGACAUCUACGCCGUGCGGCUCUGCCAGUGUAAAGUGUACUGGUCCGGCCCCUGCGCGCCCAAUCCCAACGCGCCCAACCUCAUCGAGCGCCAGCACAAGGUCAAGCUCUUCUGCCUGGAGUCCUUCCUCAGCGGGGUCAUCGCACACCAGCGGGGUCAGUCCUCGUCUGAGCCGCCGCUCUACGACAUCCACCUGUGUUUCGGUGAGGAGUGGCCCGACGGCAGACCCCGAGAGAGGAAGCUCAUCACAGUGCAGGUGGUGCCGGUGGUGGCGCGCAUGAUCAGCGAGAUGUUUUCUGGCGACUGCACGCGCUCGUUCGACAGCGGGAGCGUGCGUUUGCAGAUCUCCAUCCCCGACAUCAAAGACAACAUCGUGUCGCACCUCAAGCAGCUUUACCGCCUCCUGCAGACACACCAGGGUCAGGACAACUGGCCCCUCCCACCCGGGGCCGGCCUACACCUCGCGCACACGCAGUGACCGCGCGACGGCUUUUAACCAGAACUACUCCAGACUCUCGCUGUGUGUUUCACAGCUCCUCUGAGUGUGUGUGUGUGUGUCGCGCGGUCAAAGUCUAGCGGGUGUGUGUUAAUGAUCAGCCACAGCAAGUGUCCGCCCAGAUAUUUAGCUGUUUUAUCAGCGGGAACUCACCGAUGCUAUCGCUUCAGUUUCACACAAUAUCUAAUGAGCUUUUAACCACGCUAUUGUGUUUCACUGCUGAUGUAUGUUACGCUUCUAAUCAAACUGUCAGGUUUAUGUGGCUUUCGCACUUUUGGGGUUGAAUCUCAUUCGUUUUUUUUAACUGUAAUAUGUAUUUGACAUCCCAUCAUGUUAGAUUUAUCAAAUAAAAUGAAAAAUACACAAA